GUCACCGUCCCACGCCGCCGCGAGGGUCGGACCGAGACACCCUGCGACGCGCGGGUCUUCGCGCGCGCGCGCUCUCUGCGAAGCGACGCCGCCGCGACCGCGCGCGAACCCGGUCGCGAGCGGGCCGACGCCGCCGCGCGACAAGGUGCCCUAAUUCUAAUUCGAUCGUCGCGCACCGAUGGCCGACCCCGACGAGAAAGCGCGCCGCGUGCGCUCGCUCCUGUCGUCCUACUACGGCUCCAGCGGCAGCGACGCCCCCCCCGGUUCGGCGUCCGCGCCCCCCGCGGAGCCGAUCGACACGGAGUCCUUCGACGCGGAGUCCUACGUCGCGUCCGUGGUGAAGUCGACGCCGCUGCCCGAGCUCCACGCGCGGUGCGCGUCGAUGGCGUCCGAGAUCGCGUCGCUGGACGGCGACAUGCAGAUGCUCGUGUACGAAAACUACAGCAAGUUCAUCACCGCGACGGACACGAUACGCCGCAUGCGCGGCAACGUCGACGGCAUGGACGAGAAGAUGGAGGAGCUCAGGGCCACGGUGUCGGCCACGGCGGCGGCGUCCGACGCGGUCAAUCUCAAGCUCGGCGCGCACCGAGAGCAGAUCGAAAACCUCAACGGCGUGCGAUCGCUCAUCAAGAAGCUUCAGGCGGCGUUCGAUCUCCCGGGAAGGCUUCGCGCGUGCGUGGAGACGAACGCGCUGGCGUCCGGGGUGGAGUACUACGUCGCCGCGAGGCCGUUGCUCGUGAAGUACGGAGACGAGGGCGCGUUCGUGGGGAUCAAGAGAGAGAGCGACGCCGUCGCGGCGGUCGUAAAAGAGAAGCUGAAGAGAGGGAUGGCGACGGCGGCGGAGCGCGCGAAGAAACGCGCGGAGAGGAAGCGUUUAUUGGCCGCGAAAGCGAUCGCUGAGGAGGACGGCGGGGACGAAGGCGCAGAAGAAGAGAAAACGACGCCAGCAGCCGGCGGCGGCGGCGCCGACGCCGACGCCGACGACGACGACUUCGGCCUCGACGUCGGCGAGUGCGUCGACCUCCUGGAGAAGCUCGGCGAGCCGCGAGACGAGCUCCAGGGCGAGUACCUCAGCGCGCGACGCGCGGCGUUAGACGACGCGCUGUCCGCCGCGGAGGCGCGCGCGACGGAUGGAGAGACGUCUGGGGAGACGUCCGGGGAGAACCCGACGUAUUUCGUCGCGACGCUCGAUCGCGCGUUUCUGACGGAGUUUCACGCCGCGGCGUCGGAGUUCGCGGAGCUGUUCCCGCGAGACCGCGCGCCGCUGGUGACGUUCUCGAGGGCGAUUUUCGCGAGGUACUUCGCGCUGUUGACGCGCGCGCUCGGGUCGGGCGACGGCGCGGCCGGUCGCGCGAGGCUCCCGAACGCGAAGGGAUUGAUGCGGGCGCUCGCCGCCGUCGCGGGCGACGUGCGCGAGUCGCACCGGCUCGUGCCGGAGAUCAACGUCCUCGACCGCGCGUCCGAGACGACGGAGCGGACCGUCCGCGGGCGCGUCGAGGCGUCGUUCCGCGUGCUCGAGAGGAAGCUCGCGACCGCGCUGGACGACGCGGAGGAGAUCGUCGCGAACGCCGCGGACGCGAGCUCGCGGGUGGACGCGACGCCGCCGACGACGCCGACGACGGCGGCGACGGCGACGGCGGCGUUCGCGACGCUCUCGUCCGCGUCGGCGUCCGGCGGCGAACAGACGCCGACGAAGAAGACCACGGACGCGUCCGGCGCGCCGCUCUUGCUGCGGCAGUUCGUGACGCUGUCCGAGACGUUGCUCUCCGGCGUCGGCGACGCGCUCGAGGACGUCCGGUCCCUGCUCGAGGAGAGGCCCGCGCUGGUGUCUGGAUGGAGGGAGGAGUACGAACGCGCGGUCAAGGCGCACGUCUCGUCGCUGUUGCGGUCGCUGCUCGCGCGGUUGCGCGCGGCGUCCGGCGCGCGUCUCGCCGCGGAGACGCUCUCGCGACUCGCGACGGACUCGCCGCUCGCGCCCGGCGCGUCGCGUCGCCGCCCCGCGCCCGCGCCGCUGCUGCUCACGCUCGCGAGGCUCGCGACGUUUCUACGCACCGACGGGAUCCCGCAUCUCGAGCGCGAGCUUCGCGCGUUUUUCCCGACGACGUCGCGCGACGUCGACGAUGCCGCGUUCGACGGCGACGAGUGGGCGACCGCCGCGGAGGACGCGGCGACCGCGCUCGUGGAGGCGUACGUCGACGCGAGCGGGAGACGCCUCGCGGUCAUGAUACGACGGAGCGUGGACGCCGCGAACUGGCUGGAGACGCGAGAGCCGAGGGACGUGCGGCCGCUGUGCGAUUUUUUAUUGGAGGAUCUCGCGGGGAUCGAGGCGGAGACGGGGCAGAUUCUGGACGACGGCGGGCACGGCGCGAGCGACGGCGGGAUGGGCGCGGGCGCGUCGUCGUUAUUAUCUCCGGCGCAGCAGACGCCGAUCGGGCGACGGAAGAUCGAGGCUGGCGUCGCGCGCGCGUUAGGGGAGGAGGAGGAGGACGACGGCGCGGGGAGGACGUUCGACGCGCCCAUCGAGGCGACGCAAGCUUCGGUGCUCGCCGCGGUGACGCGACACGCGCUCAAGUCGCUCGUGGAGUGCGUGCGGUUGCAGACGUUCGGGCGCGCGGGGUAUCAGCAGAUGACCGUGGACGUCGCGUUUCUCGGGCCGCGGGUGCGGCGGUUCGUGUCCAGGGAUGUGAACGGACGCGCGACGGCGGCGUUGGUGGAGGAGGUGCGAAACGCCGCCGCGGAGCGAAGCGUCGACCCGACGCCGUUGGAUCCGGUGGUUCUCGCGAGGAUUCUCGAGUUUCGGUUCAAGUGA